AUGCGAUUCAUACAAACAUACCAUGGACAAGUAGCACAGACUCUCGGUCAAGCCCAAACAUUGUUUGAGACCAUCAAGGCAGAACAGGAAGCCCUAGGUCUUGAUCUGUGGGCACCUUUCACAGAUGAAGAAGAAUGGGGACUGGUGAAGUGGUUGGUAGUGAGGGUAGGCCAGACUGCAAUUGAUGAGUUUAUGAAACUGCUGAUUACUGGCCGCAUGAGGACAACCUUUAAGAGCAAAUAUACACUGCUAAAAGCUAUCAACAAACUUCCACAUGCCACCAAAUGGAAACUUGAGAAGAUCAGCGUGGUGGGUAACAGAAUUGGGAAUGAUGGGCAGCAUGAAACAGAGGACCUUGAAUUGUGGUUGUGCAACCCAAAAGGGGUGUCAUACGCACCAGAAAGGGUUUUUGCAGAUGAGGAGGGAAAGACAUGCAUGUUUGAUGAGAUGUGGACCGGUGAUUGGUGGUGGGAGAUGCAGAGGAGAUUGCCCCAAGGGGCUGUUGUUGCACCAGUGAUUUUGGCCUUGGACAAGACUUCACUAUCACAGUUCUGUGGGGAUCAGGAAGUCUGGCCUGUGUACUUGAUGCUCGGUAACAUAUCUAAAGACAUCCGGUGUCAGCCAUCAAAACAUGCAGCCAUCCUCAUCGCCUACUUACCAAUCUCCAAGUUGGAAUUCGAGCGAUACCGUUUAUUCCACUAUUGCAUGAGACAGGUCUUAGAGCCUUUGAUCAGUGCAGGUGAGAAUGGAGUUGAGGUCACUUGCUCCAACAAGCAAUGCCUGGUUGCCUGCUGCAUGGAAAAUCAGUGUCCAAAAUGCAAUGUUGGGCAUGACAACCGUGAAGAUAUAAGGGUGUCAGCACCAUGUAAUCGAGAAUCCACACUGGAAAAUCUACGCCUGCACUAUGAUGGCAAAAUGAGUAAUGAACGGUUUGAGGGAGAACUAGGACUACAAGCAAUCUAUUCACCAUUCUGGGCAACACUCCCGCACAAUGAUAUAUUCUCAUGUAUCACCCCCGAUAUUCUACACCAGCUGCACAAAGGUGUUUUCAAGGAUCACCUUCUGCAGUGGGUUUUCCUUGGUGUUAUUGCUGGUGUGGUCGACAACCAAGUCAUUGCUGCAGUACAUGCUGUUUUAGAUUUUAUCUACUAUGUGCAGUAUCAGAGGCACACAGACAUGACACUUGCACAUAUGCAUACUGCACUCACAUCAUUUCAUGCCCACAAGAACAUUUUCCUUGAUCUCGGAGUGCGGGAUCACUUCAACAUACCCAAAGUUCAUUCAAUGCUGCACUAUGUUGAUGCCAUUCGUCUGUUCAGAAAACUCCCUGAAUGGCUGCACAUCGAUUUCACCAAGUGUGCAUACCAUGCCUCUAAUUGA